GAACCCUUCCUUAAACCCCUUCUUCCUCCCCUUCGAUCGAUCGCUUCUCCUCCGUUAUUUGAAUCCUCGAUCCGCUGGGAUUGGCCAUGGAGAAUGGCUUUUCGUCGGACGAGGACGUGGAUGUGAAACCCCGGAUCCACAACCCCGACGGCACCUUCAGCUGCCCCUUCUGCACCGGCGAGAAGAAGCAGGACUACCUGUUCGAGGAUCUACUCCAGCACGCCACCGGCAUCGGCGCCUCGAACUCCCGCAAGGUGUUCCACAAGACCCGCCACUGCGCCUUCACCCGUUUCCUCCAGCUCGAUCUCACCCCCUCCAUCGUCCUCCGCUCGGCAGAUCUUGAAGCCGCGGUUACCGCCGCUGAAUCGGAGCCUCCUCCCGAAGAGGAGCUGUUCGUCUGGCCUUGGAUGGCUGUCCUUGUCAAUGCCGAUCCGUCCAAUGAAGUCAACUCACUCGCUGACCUUGGAGACGCCAACUCACCCGCUGACCAGCUCGCGGACUUCCAUCCCGCCGACACUGUCUUCUUGCAUUUGGAGGAUGAUAAGGGAGGAAGAUCUUCCAGCACGACCGUGAUUGUUAAGUUCCGACAAAGCUGGGACGGGUUUAAGAAUGCCAUAGAUUUUGAGAGUCACUUUAAGGCCAACCAACGUGGUUGGAGAGAAUGGAUUGAGCUGCAAGGUGACGUCUCCAGCACAUUGUAUGGAUGGAUUGCCCGCUCUGAUGACUACAAUGAAGACAGCUACAUUGGGCGGUACUUGAGGAAGCAUGGCGAACUAAAGACCGUAAUGCAAGCCAUUAAAGAGGAGAUCAAGGAGAUUUUCAAUCUUGUCUCCAAUCUUACAAAUGAAACUGUUGUUAAACAUCAGCACUUGCAUGACUUGGCGGUGAGAUACGAGAAAACUUUUCUCGUCUUCCUCCAACUGGUGUAUGGGAAAGUCAAGCCUCAUCAAGCUUAUAAUGAUGUCACCGCCGCCGCUGUCCCCUCCGCCCCUCGCUCUUCACCUCCCUUGUCCUCCCUUGCCGCCACCGCGUCCGCCUCCGCCGCCUACUCGGAGCCUCCCCCGAAGACGGAGGAUUUGGAGGAUUUACUUACUGGCCAUACAUUGAUUGGGAUUAAAAGAAUGGGUGAACUUGAUGUGAAGGCCUUUCAGAAUGUUGCCAGGAAAAAAUUCAAGUCCGAAGAGGCUGACAUCAAAGCUGCUGAAUUAUGUUCUAGCUGGCAACAAGAAAUGAAGAAUCCAUCAUGGCAUCCGUUUAAGAUAGUUGUCACGAAUGGGAAGGAGGAAGAAUUCCUCGUCGAGGACGACCCAAAGCUUAAAAAACUAUGGAUCGAGUAUGGAGACGAUGUAUGCAAUGCAGUGAAAACAGCUCUACAAGAACUGAACGAAUAUUGCCCCAGCGGAAGAUACGUGGUACCAGUGCUCUGGAACUUCAAGGUUGGACGAAAGGCAACGAUGAAGGAGAUAGUGCGGUGCAUUAUGAAACACUGGAAGUCUUCAAUGCGUACAAGAUGAGGAGACCAAGCGUUGACUAAGGCUAUCAUAUUUAUAAUAUAAACCAGAUCAAUUAGCUGGCAAGUUUGCAUCAAUUAGCCAAGUCAAACUCUUCAGAAAUCAUCUCUGGUCUUCUGUUUUUGUGAUGCUUCUAACAAGAGGUGUUUGUAUUUUCUGGAGGCCAAGGUAAUUUCCUUUUGACACUGCAAGUUGUAAAUCUUCAAAUAGGCUAUUUGAUGUACAGAUCCUUUGUAAUGUGUUCUUUUCCUUUUAGAGCACAGAUAUCCUAGACCACAAAAAAGUGGCCCAGGAGAUCUGCCUCUUUCUUUCAGGGCAUCUCCAACAUGAGCACAGAUCUUUUGAAUCA